UUGUAGUUUUGUUUUUUUUAAUACCAUUCCCUCAUUCUACCGGCAGAUGGCGACAAACAGCGGCAGUUACUAACACGCCAACGUCAUAGACACCAUGAUUAACUAGUAAAUAUAAAAAUAACCACCACCAUCUCAGCAGAGCUCGGUGUUACUGAACCCGCGAAGCUGCAUGAGUGAACACAGAAUCAAAUACCGCUGUGAAAACAACCGGGGGCCAUGUUUGUUGGAGCCACACGUCGGAGCCUGAGGACUUGUUGAGAGGAUGCUGAGGCGGUGGAAGGAGGAGAAGAUGCCCGGUGGACGCUCAGCAGCAGCAGCCGUCUCAUCAUCCCAUCAUCCUUCCUCCCACAGCAAAUAAAUGAGUCAACAUGGCCGCGGAGCAGCUCGCCCUGUAGCACCACUCAGACACGGAAGAAAAGAAAACACAGAUUAAAUGGCGUUCAUGUCCCGGUUCUCUCGGUCCCGGAGCAGCUCCAGGUCUCCGAGCCGAAAAGACUCCGAGCGCGUGUCCCCGAACCUGACGGUGUCCGAGCUGGAGCGGCUCCUGUACACCGGAAAGACCGCCUGUAACCACGCGGACGAAGUGUGGCCGAGACUCUACAUUGGAGAUCAAGACAUCGCAUCAGAUCGGCGUGAGCUGGCCAAGCUCGGCAUCACACACAUCCUCAACUGUGCACAGAGCAAGUGGCGCGGCGGAGCCGAGUAUUACGCCGGGAUGAACAUCACCUAUCACGGCAUCGAGGCUCACGACUCGCCCACCUUCGACAUGAGCGUCAACUUCUAUCCUGCUGCUGAGUUCAUCCACAAAGCCCUGACGAGUGGAGGUAAGGUGCUGGUCCACUGCACUGUGGGAGUGAGCCGCUCAGCCACUCUGGUUCUGGCCUACCUGAUGAUCAGACAGAACCUGACCCUGGUGGAGGCCAUCAAAACGGUGAAAGACCACCGAGGCGUCAUCCCCAACCGAGGCUUCCUCCGCCAGCUCAACGGCCUGGACGGCAUCCUGAGAGACAGCCGCAAGACGUCGCCGCAGAGCUGAAAACGCCUCCCCUCAGCACAACACACGACCCGAGGUAGCAGCCGGUCGGGUUUCACACUGAGGGAGAUAUUGGGACCAAGUUAGGAGCAACCUGUGGGAGUUUGACACUGUGGCUCUGAGAGGCAACAGGUGACAGGAGGGUUUGUCUGAUAUCAGUAUCUUCACUCAUUCAUUUUUAUUAUACUGUGUCUGUUUAGUCCUACAGCCUCUGACACAGCGUUAGCACUGGAAGGUAAACGUCUCCAGUGAGGCCCAUAUUCUUUAAGAUAAGGGGUGUGGCCACAUGUUCGCUGCCAGAGAACACCCUCGGCCCAGAGAAUAAUUCAUCAAAAUCAAGUCUGGUCAGUGUAGUUGUGUUACGGGACUUUAAAACAUAUGAGAAUCUAGCUCUGUCCACACCAGCAAUUAAAACAGCAGAAUCCUUGUAGCAAAAUCCAUUAAUGUCAUAUGGUAAAAAUGCACCUUUGCCGACUGGCAAGCUGUGAGCUAUCAGUCACCUUCCAGUUCAACCUACUCUGUUUUGUUUUUCCCUCUUCAGUAGCUUUUUUUUAAAUUAAGUUAUGUAAUUUUUAAUUAAGUUAUGUAAUUCUAAGAACAUAAUGCCAGCGGAGUAAAUGGCAAAUCAAAGAGACAAUAGAAAGAAGCUCAGGGAACCGCUGUGACUGAUGUUCCCGGCCGGCGAGCCUGUUCGCCCGGAUUAACGAGUCCUGCGUCUCCGAGCCUCGACAGCUACACGUUCCUCUGCUCUCUGGUGUGACCAGGCCUAGAUCCUCCAUUCACACCAGGAAGACUCCACAAUAACAUAUACAAAUAAUAACAUGAUAAACAGAAGUUCACGUUUAGGAACCAGAGGGGCCUGAGGUUUUUCAUUAGCUUAGAAAAAUGGUUCCCAACUUAGGGGUGGGGACCUCCCAGUGGGUUCAAGAGAAAUCAGAAUGGUCAUCAGAUGAUUUUCAAGUCAGGAAAAAAGAAAAAAUACAUCUCUACUACUUAUUUAUUAUAAUUAUGGCAUUUAAAAAACCUUCAGAGUCUCUUCAUGUCUCUGAAAGCUACAUAGUUUGGGAUCUAAGACACGAACCACUGUCCCUGAUCUGGAUCCUGCCAGGGAAUUAAAUAUCAAGGUCUAAAUGCCCCAAAAUAAUCAGUCAAAAUAAAGAAAUCUGAGACGAGACGAUCGGUCUUUAGUCUCAAGUAAGAUGGAUGUAAAGGGUCAUAAACCAAAAUGAUUACUUAGUGAAAACUACGUCUCUUCAUGAACAAAUAUAAAGUUUUAAUCAAACUUCAGAUCAUUCCACUGAAACUUAUUAAGACGCGAAAAUUUGUUUUUUCGCCGCUGUACUAAAAAAAUAAAACAAUUAAAGCUUUUUUGAAAACUUCUUACAUAAUCAGCGGUUGCUAAUGCACUGUAAAAAAAACAUUAACGAGUCAGUCAGUCUCAUCUCUGGUGCAUUUUUUUCUUGUAUCAGGAAAUUUCUAGAAACCUUCAGUAUAUACAGUAUUUAUCUCAGAUCGCCGCACUAGUAUCAAGAAGAUAAUUCCAGUCUUUAAAUGAUCUUUAAAUAUAUUAAAUAAUCUCAGCUCAGAUUAUUUUCACUUGUUUUGAUAAAAUAAACUUUAAAGUCAGUAUGACCACUGCCUCCUGGUGUAACCAGUGAAAUCUAGUUAGUGUUAUUUAAGGCUGCAGCUACUGAUGACUGUCUUUAUCAGAGAAUCUGCUGAAUAUUUGUAUAAUAUUUGUAUGAUUAAUCGAUUAAUUGUUUAGUCUAAAAAUUUUCAACAAAAAAAAAAAGUGAAAAAUGCCAAUCAUAGUAUCCCAGAGCCUAAACUUUAAAAAUCAGUAAUUGGAUGUUGUUUGAUAUUUUUUAGUUGUUAUUCCUGAAUAACAAACCAAAUAUAUUCAAUUUGCAGUAUUAAAAAACAGAGAAAAGCAGCAAAUCCUCACAUUUGAGAAGCUUUUAAUUAUUAAUCUACAAUCAAACAUUUGACAAUUAAUUUAUAGUCAAUCAACUAAUCGAUCAAUCAACUAUUUGUUUCAGCCCAAGUGCUACUGCAGUCUUCUUAUCAGCCAGUGUUGAUCCUCUGUAUAGAAAUACAAGAACUGAAAUGGCUCAGGGUCGGGAUUCAAGAAGGGGCCCGGGCUUGUUUUAAUGUGGCGCCCUGACAUGACCACACCUGGCCCUGACCAAACAUCGGCUCCGCCCUCUUUCGUAAACGAUGUGGAGGCUGAACUCGGGACAUCAGCCCUCAGACAGACGGUUCUUGCUCAGUGAUUCUUUCCCCAUAGUUUCAGUCUCAGCAGGUCUUCCCUUGACUUACUUCUUUACAUUCAGCAAGUGUCAUUAAGUGCCCUGAACAACUCACACUCUAGUUGUAACCCAGGUCUAAAACCAGCACAGUUAUGUAGCCCGUUGAUUAUAAUAUUACGGUAUUGUCACACUCUGUAUACACUUAUUAUCCGUGGUGAGUUUGUGCAUAGCAACAGACAGUGUACGGUAUAAUAUGUUUUUUUUGUUUUCAACUGGGUGUUGAAUAAGUUCAAUGUAUAGUUUCAGUCCAAUGUAUUUGAAAUCCUUCUUGACUUUUAUUUUAUUUGAUAUCUUGUGUGUGAUGAUCUGAUGUUCAUCCAGUAACUACAGACUUAAGCCCAUUCUGACGGGACUAAGGACAAAGGGGAAGGUGGGGAAUGAAAUAUUCACUGUGCUCCUCCGUAAUUUAACUCAUUCCAGGAUAUGGUCUGUAGCAGACGGGGACAUUUAGCCGGACAAAGCUAAAAGAGAAAGGUAGAAUCCUCCACAGGGGGGCGCCAGAGAGUUGAAGGUGAGGCAAAGAUACUACGUGAGGUGAAUUUUUCGUCACAAAUUGCUCUCGGUCUAGGUGUCGUACUUUACUCAGAUCUGAACACAGAGACAUGACACACAUAGUGAUUUCAUUCAGUGGCUUAGGCUACGUCCACACUGAAACACAGUUUUCCAGACCGUGGGUGUCUACAUCAUCAUUUCCAAAGAGAUGCUUGUUAAAAAGCCUUAUACUUCCCCAGGAUGUCAUUAUCUCUGAUGUCCAUCCAGAGUAAACGUCCAUAAAUCUGCUUAGAAAUCAUUGGAAAAAAAUGUUUCAGAACUUGCAUGAGAAUAAAGUCAUUUUUAAGUUUCCUGCGAAUGACAAUUUACUAAAAUGUAGACAAAUAUAAGCUCUACCUGUAGCUGACAUUACAACAGACAACUUGAUCUUUUUUUGUUUGUUUGUUUGCUUUCUAUUGUUAUUUGGUUUCCCUAAUAGACCUUUAGUUAGCCUGUUUCCAUCUAUCACAGUAGCAAACACACUUAGAGUACAUUUUCACACAAAUCAAAUUUCCGAAUGUGCUGAUAAAAAAACAAAAAAAAGGUAAAGAAAAACCAGUAAGUGCGGAAAAAACUCAGUGAUCACCUUGUGUCUGAAAUUACAGGAGGACCACCCAGUUUACAGAAAAAAAGGAGGUAAUUUCAGCAGUAAUUAUUGCUGCGUUGGGGUGAAACAUUACUCACACUACGGAUUUGGAUUAAAAUCACCCCACCUCCCCUGAAUGAAUCCAGUCCGAAUGGGGCUUUUGACUCAACGUUGCACUCUAACAAGGCUAUUGAACUUCCAGUCUGGUGUAUCACUUCAACUUUACAGUGACUGUUAGCUGUCCAGAGUAGUACUCUCAGUGAUAGUUUAAUAUGCCAGCACAAUAAGCACUUAGGAUAGACGUGCAGUGGGAGACAGUACCACAAAUGUGCCAUUGCAAAAGCUACCAACUGCCUGGAUGACAGGAGAGUGCACAGUGUUCAGUGCUGUAUUGCAAAGUCUGCUCUUUUGUCUUGGUGUUAAAUGAGGCUUGUGCUCUCAUGCUAGUGAAAAACACCAAUGCUGAAUUUUAAACCAGCUUUUCAAAUACCCUUGUGUGUGUUAUUAAUGAUUACCUCAAGUAUUCUGUUUGAAACGUAUUUGUUGUGACUUGUGGUCUUCGUCCGUGCUGUUUCAACGCCACCAUGAUGAAGUUCAGGUGAGGUCAGAGGUGAGCGACUCUCUCAAAAGUGGAAAAAAAAAUGUACAUAAAAAGCUGAAUUUGUGAAUUUGUACAGUCUGUGGCUAUUAAAAGGUAUAGUUUGACAUUUUUGGAUUACAAUACCACUCUCAUGUCUGCGUUGUAAGUAUGGAGCUGGGAGGCAGUUAGCUUAGCUUAGCGUAGCGACCAGAAGCAGGGGUAAACAGUUAGACUCGCUCUGUCCAAAGUUCAAAAUAAAGCAGAGGAUUUUUUAAUUUCACACGGAAGUAAAGAAGAACAACCUCUCGUCAACAGCUUUUAACAGCUGUAGCUAACUAGCUACUUAGUUCUCUGCGGAUUUUUGAAAGUUUCCAGCUGACUUGUUUUAAAACAAAAUAUUUCAAAAAACAGAAAAAACAAAACAACAUCAUAUUAUGUUUAACAAGGGAAACUAAAUUCACAAAAGUCAACAUCCGCACUAGUUGAUGCUCCAUGUAAAAGGUCCAGAAAUAAAGGAAAAGCAUUUUUCUUGUGUUGCAGCUCAGCUCUAGUACAGUUUAUAGCUUAUAGCUAAAAAUAUAAUUAAAAUGUAAUUUCAAUCUAACAUAAUCCUGUUUGUGUGUGUGCCAGAAUUGGUCCAGAUGUGGAAGUAACAUCUGACAGUCAUGCUAUAUGUGGGCCGUGUGUGGGCCGAGGAACUGGCCAUGUACAGAGCCGGAGGAAAUACAAUAUGUGGCCCGAGUAUUCGCCAGAAUAAUUUUGCAAUCUGGGACAGAGGUUAGAUUUAUGUUUUAUUGUUCAUACAAUAUGUUUCAGUAAUGCAAGAGAAAAGGUGUGGAGGAUGGGGAUGUUAUCUUCUUCAGACAGGACAGAGCCCAACCUGACCCUGAACUCUGAUAUAGUAUCUCUGGUUCCCACACGGUGCAGAAAUACUAACUUUUUACUUAUCAAUGGGGCUUUUGUAGCGUCUCCCCACAUUAAUAUAUAGCUAGCUGGGCAUGCUAACUAUUGCAGCUUAUGUUGUAGCAGAUAAACUCAUCAUUGAAACUGAACUAUUUGGCUUUAGAAAGGUGAUAAAGAAGACGCCACAACCUCAACUCUUUGUACAUGCAGCCCAGAGCUAGGACUGGAUUUUUACUGAUUUACAAACCAUCACUUGGGAGAUAUUGGUAGCCAUUUUUGAAACUUUGGACAGAGCCAGACCAGCUGUGACUCCCUGCUCAAGUCCAGAAUCAGCCUGUCAAAAAUCUUCUCUUGUUACAGUUUGUGUCAGGAAAACAGAAACCUCCUUUACUACAACUCUCUGUUAUACUACACCAUGAUGUCCUGUUGACAGCAGAAUCUGCCUUUAUUAUGAAUCUUAUAAAACAAAGUGGAAAAUUACAGGACGGGUCCUCUCCAACUAUUGUGAUCUUUACCUUUGCUGUAUUGGAUCUGUAUGUUUUGUACUUGUGGUUUUACUGUGCUGUGGUCGGUCGUACGUUGGUCUCAGUUCCUGUUUAUAUUCUCUUAUAUUAUCUCCGUUUUCUUACAGAUACCUUUCUAUAGGGAACUUGAAUUCUUUUGAAUUUAUUUAUUAUCACUCUCUUUGAAGGAGAAACUGGCAAAGGAGAUGUUGAUGCCUUAAUCUGUCUACUUUAAAUUGGUUUUUAGACUUUUGUUUCGAUGUUUUUAUUGUGUACAACACUGAGCAUUGAUAACUUUGUUUUGAUAAAUUCUGUACUUAGUCAGAAAUAAAUAAAUAAAAAUUCUCUCAGA